AUGGCGGUAGACAUUGCGAUUCCAGAAGUGCCUCAGGAUUGUGGAAAACGACUAAUUGCUCAUUAUAUACAUCAAACCGCGAUUGAUGAGCCUCAUCGAGUAUGCAUUUCUUGGCCCUUGACUUCCGAGCCACGCGAUGGCUUCGAGGACAUCACAUUCAGUCAUUUAGACAAAGCCAUAGAUGUCGCGUCGAACUGGGUUGAAAAGAAUGCUGGCAUUGGGAAAGACUUUGACUGCAUUGCCUAUAUCGGUCCCCAUGAUCUGCGGUAUAUACUCCUGAUGAUAGCGGCGAUCAAAACUGGACACAAGCUAUUUGUACCAUCCCCACGGAAUAGCUUAGAAGCACACACCAAACUACUACGAGAUUAUAAAUGCGAGAAAUUCUUGUUUGCAAAGGAUUCCCCAAUAUCCCGGAAAAUUAUCAAUGACAUUCAAACUAAAGUCGACCUUCAAACCAUAGCUGUUCCCACUCUAGAUUACUUUUUUCAUCCUGGAUUUGAUGUACCUCACUAUAAGUAUACGGCUACAUAUGAAGAGGCGAGAUUUCAGCCGCUCGCUGCGAUGCAUACGUCUGGAACUACAGGAACACCCAAGCCUAUCGUCAUACCGCAAGGUGUUAUUACAAGUCUAGAUGCCUCUCAAAAGGCUACUUCACUUUAUGGUAUUGCCACAACAUCCGAUUAUUGGCGAGGCUUACGGUGCUUUUUAGCAUUCCCACUAUUUCAUGCUGCGGGCGUCUACAGGUUAAUGACUGCUCUAUACUUCAAGCAAAUAGCGGUGCUUCCACCGCCUAUUCCAUUGACUGCAGAGUUAGCAAAUGAGGUUCAUAUACAUGGUAAAGUGCAGGUCGCGGAUCUCCCUCCUGCCGUCCUAGUGGAAAUAUCGAAGGUUCCUCAGUAUUUAAAGAACCUCCGUUCUGUAAAAUAUAUCAUGACUGGAGGUGGCCCACUACCCGAUGGCCCCGGAGACAUCAUCAAUUCUCAUACUCGAUUGUUUGCGGGGUUUGGGUCAACAGAGACAGGACAUAUUCAAGCGGCUUUACCACCUAAAGAAAAUUGGGACUACUAUGACUUUUCUACAUCAUUUGGUGUUGAAAUGCGGCAUCACUCAGGUGAACUAUAUGAGCUUGUAAUCGUUCGUGAUCCAUCGAUAGAAGCAUAUCAGGGCACUUUCUAUACGUUUCCAGAUCUUUCAGAAUACAAAACUCGGGAUCUAUUUUCCAAGCACCCCAGCAAAAACAACCUCUGGCACCAUGAAUGCCGUUCUGAUGAUAUUAUUGUUUAUUCUACAGGGGAGAAGUUCAAUCCAAUUAGCAUGGAAAAUGCUUUGAACUCUCAUCCUAAAGUUAGAUCUGCGAUAGUCUAUGGUACUAAGAAAUUUCAGUCGUCCUUGCUAGUCGAGCCAGUUAAUCCCGAAAGGUCCAAGGAGUCCCUAUUAGAAGAAUUAUGGCCAACAAUAAAGGCUGCAAAUGUUAGUUGUCCCGCGCAUGCGCGGAUAAUGAGCAAGGACUUCGUCGCAUUUACCAAACCUGAUAAACCAUUUCCCAGAGCUGGGAAAGGUACAGUACAACGCAAGCAAGCCGAAAAACUAUAUGAAACAGAGCUCAAUAGUCUUUAUGAAACAAUUACUAAUGGACAAGGAACGAAUAUAAAGAACACAAACGGAAACAGCUCUGUGGAUAAGGGCGCAAGCUCUGACGUGCAAGGUACCAUCAUUCAAACCAUCUCGAAUCUCCAAGGAUUCGAAAACUUCUCUCCCUCUGAAAAUUUCUUUGAGCAUGGGCUGGACUCGCUAGGCGUGAUCUCAUUAACAAGGGCAGUGAAUGCGGCGUUCCAAUCACAAGAUCCUCCACGGGAUUCGAUACGCGACUCAAUGAUAUAUGCAUAUCCAAGUCCAGAAAAACUAGCACGCGCUCUCUCAAAUUUCGCCAAAGACGAAAAUGAAAAUUAUGGUGAAAUGCAGGAAGAAUACGAAAGUUUCGUUUCUGACCUACCUAUCAUUGCUAGGCCAUCGAUACCAGUCACUGGAUCCAGAGUAUUUUUAUUGACUGGGUCUACUGGAUCUUUGGGCUCAUACAUUCUUAGCAAUCUACUUGAAGAAGACAAGACAUGCAAGGUUUAUUGCAUCAAUAGAGGCGAAGAUACCGAGGAACGCCAAGUUAAUGCCAGCUCGUCAAAGGGCCUUUCAACAGAUUUUAGCCGUGUCCAUUUUCUCAGCAUGGCUACUGGUGCUACGGAAGCAUGGCUGGGCAUAAAGCUUGACCAAUACAAGGAGUUGCUCAAUGAAGUAACGCACAUCAUUCACAAUGCUUGGCAUAUUGACUUUAAUAUGUCUUUCAGCCAAAUGGGCGCAACACAUAUUCGACGUGUUCGUCAGUUGAUUAAUUUCUCUGCUCACUCAAGAUUCGGUGCUUCCAUUCACUUUAUCUCCAGUAUUAGCACUGUUGGGAACUGGGACGUGAGUGGAUCAAAUAUGUCCGACUCUUCCGGCCGUUCCACUCCAUCGCAGUCGGAAACAGAGCUAGUAUUGACGAUGCCCGGUGUUCCUGAGAUUCCGUACGAGGAUUGGUCGCUUCCACAAUGCUUAGGUUACGGCCAAUCAAAAUUUGUUGCCGAGCGGCUGAUUACUACUGCCUGUAAGGUUGCCAAUAUUCCUGCUUCGAUUUACCGAGUGGGUCAAAUUGCUGGUCCGAAAAGGAGCGAGGGAAAGUGGAACGAACAGGAAUGGUUCCCCUUGAUUUUGAAGUCUUCAACAUAUCUGAAGGUUUUACCUUCGUCGUUGGGGCCACUGGAAGCUGUUGACUGGAUUCCCGUUGAUACACUUGGGAAAGUCAUUUACGAACUUGUGUCAUCUUUCAAUCACGAUACACUGGAGCCGGAUUCGGCAAUCGAAUCGUCUUCCGGAUCACCCAGAGUCUACCAUCUCGUCAACCCAAAGCGAACAAAAUAUUCACAUGCUAUUCUUCCUCGACUACAAUCUAUUCUAGACCUUCCCACUGUACCCUUCCAAGAAUGGGUACAGCGUCUAUGUGAUAGUGCGGCGAAUAUACAGGAUAUGAAAAUAAAUGAUAACCCAGCAGUGAAAAUACUUGGAUUUUAUGAGGGUCUUGUCAAAAAACAGAAAGAAGGCAGAACACAGGUCUGGCUUGAUACGGAGAAGGCUGUCGAGGGAAGCGCAACCUUGAAGAGUAUGGAUCCGAUCGACGGGAAUUGUGUAGACAACUGGAUGCGGCAAUGGAAAUACGUCCGCAAUGAGCACGGAGAAUAG